AUGUCGACUACUACAGAAACCGCCACGCCUAUUGGCAUUGCCAAUCUCCCCAACCAGCGCCACAAGAUCGUCGCGAAGCGGGGAGCGGCCUUCACUAUUAUGGUUGCCGGAGAGUCAGGAUUGGGAAAGACGACCUUCAUCAACACCCUUUUCUCCACCACCAUUAAGAACUAUGCCGAUCACAAGCGCCGUCACCAGAAGCAGGUUGAUCGCACCGUUGAGAUUGAGAUCACUAAGGCUGAGCUCGAAGAGAAGUUCUUCAAGGUCCGCCUCACCGUUAUUGAUACCCCCGGAUUUGGAGACUACGUGAACAACCGUGACUCGUGGCAACCGAUCAUCGAAUUCUUGGACGACCAGCACGAGUCGUACAUGCUCCAGGAGCAGCAACCCCGCCGAACCGACAAGAUUGACAUGCGUGUCCACGCAUGCUUGUAUUUCAUCCGACCCACCGGACACACCCUGAAGCCCCUCGAUAUCGAGGUGAUGAAGCGCUUGAGCUCCCGUGUCAACCUGAUCCCCGUUGUUGCCAAGGCCGAUACCCUCAGCCACGCCGAUCUGAUCCGCUACAAGGAGAGAAUUCGCGCUGUUAUCGAAGCCCAGGGUAUCAAGAUUUACUCCCCACCUGUCGAGGAGGACGAUGAGCACGCCGCCUCCCACGCCCGCAGCCUUAUGGCUGCUAUGCCUUUCGCAGUUAUCGGUUCCGAGAAGGAUGUUAAGGCCAACGACGGCCGUGUUGUCAAGGGUCGUCAGUACGCCUGGGGUGUUGCCGAAGUGGAGAACGAGGACCACUGCGACUUCAAGAAGCUCCGCUCGAUCCUUAUCCGAACUCACAUGCUCGACCUCAUUCACACCACCGAAGAAUCGCACUACGAGGCCUACCGUGCCCAGCAGAUGGAGACCCGCAAGUUCGGCGAGGCCCGGCCACGCAAGCUUGACAACCCCAAAUUCAAGGAGGAAGAAGAGACCCUGCGCAAGCGCUUCACCGAGCAGGUCAAGGUCGAGGAGCAGCGCUUCCGCCAGUGGGAGCAGAAGCUCAUUUCAGAGCGCGACCGCCUCAACAAGGAUCUCGAGGCUACUCACGCUGCGAUCAAAUCCCUCGAGCAGGAGAUCGAGGGUAUCCAGGGUUCCAGCACCCGCAGCCACGGACGUCGUUAA